GCUGCUCCUUCAUCUUCCGGACUCUUGACUGGAGUGGAGGAAUUCGUUUUGCUGGGAUUUGAAGUCGGGCAGCAGAAACGGCUCCUGCUUCUCACCUUCUUCGCCAUUCUCUACGUGCUCACUCUGGCCGAGAACAUCACCAUCAUCGUACUGGUGGUUCUGGACACCCACCUGGCCCGCCUUCCCAUGUACAUCCUGCUGAGCAACUUCUCCUGGCUGGAGAUGUGCUACGUGAGCGCCACAGUCCCCCGGAUGCUCUUUGACCUUACGUCCCCUCAAGGGGCCAUCUCCUUCCAUAACUGCUUCAUUCAGUUCUACAUCUUCUUUGCUCUCGGCAGCACCGAAUGCUUCUACCUUUCGGCCAUGGCCUUGGAUCGGUACCUGGCCAUCUGCCACCCGCUGCGCUACCCGCAAAUCAUGUCCCCAAACUCCUGCUACGGUCUGGUGGGUUCUUGUUGGGCCGUCGGCUUCCUGUGGUACCUCGUCCCGGCCGUUUUGAUCUCCAGGCUGUCCUUCUGCAGGUCCAACGUCAUCGACCACUUUCUGUGUGAUGCCGGGCCCAUUCUGUCCCUGGCCUGCCCUCCGCUAGGAGCCGCGCCCGUCAUCAGCCAGUUUUGCCUGAACGCUCUGAUCAUCGGCAAUAUGUUCUUUGUCGUGCUCUCCUACAGCAUCAUGGUGAACACUCUAAUGAAAGCGUCCAGCCAAGGCAGUCGGAUGAAGGCCUUCUCGACCAUAUCGUUCCACUUACUGGUGGUGACUCUUUUCUAUGGCUCAGUGGCAGGGAUGUACUUGAUUCCGGGUGGGGAAAACCAGUCAGCCAUAACUAAGGCCGUGACACUCUUCUACACCGCCGUGACACCCUUCCUCAACCCCAUGAUCUACUGCCUGAGAAACAAUCAGGUGAAAGAAGCCCUGGUCAGGCUCCUGAAGAGAAAGGAGACAGUGUAA